AUCACAUUCCCACCAGAACCAGCAGAAUCGAUUGGGCACUUGGUAAACCCGUUGUCCAUGUCGACGAACUCUGGAAACAGCGGAGUCAAGAACCUUCGGGCAAUGUUCGAGAACAAAGCCAGUGAUCAAUCCACAUCUCCCCCCAGUCGAGGCCGAUCUCCAAACCCCUCCGAAAUAUCCAACAACAGCAGACCAGUCAGCAAGGUCCGUGCAAGCUUCGUUGCCGUGGAGAGACCCAGCGAGAACGGAGGCGCACCCUUGAUCGGUCUUAGAAGGGCCAGUGAAGUGAGCAGCAUGGGCGAGAUUAAAGAGAACGUUGUUGAGGACACGGGGAGUACGGAGAAGUCGCCAGGGCCAGCCGUCACUACGAAGAAGGGCGAUGCAACAUCAGUCCCGCAAACUGCGCACUCUGCAAACGACGGGACGGAUGAAGGCGGAUUGGGUACCAUCCUGAAAGGAUCUGCUUUUGUCGAGCACACCCCUUCCAAGCUGUCUCCGGAAGCAAAAAAUCUCACCGAGGCAAUUUUAUCUGGUCGAAUACAAGAGAAAAUCCCUCGCUCGCUAUCAAAACCAGAGGAUGAGUCAAAUGCGUCAGAAAUGGUCAAGAAAAUGCAGGCAACAGAGGGCACCAGGCCGGGACCACCCCCGACCGUUGCCCUCCAGACGACUAAGGAUGCACAACCAGUCAAGCCGCCACCUACGAGACAGCAGAUCAAUAUCAAGCCGAUUCCUAAAUCCCCCACGGUGACGCGACCCUCUCCUCGAACCCCAACCUCGCCAAAGCUCAACAUCAGAGGAGGACCGGCGAAAAUCAAGGGUGUGAUAGAAUCGGCGAAAGAAGCACAAAAGGCUAGAGAAGCAGCGAGAUUAAAUGCUGAGAAGACAGAAAAGACACAGCCGUCCGCGCCGAAGAUUGACACAAGCGCAAAACCGAAAGCGGCGCCAGAGAGCGUCAAAAAGGAACAGACGCCUGUAACGCCGAAAGCUGUCAGGUCGCCCAGCACAGUCAAACCGAAACCCCCCACAAUACCCGGGAAACUUCCCGCUGCGGCUACAGCCACUACAGCUUCAACGGCUGCCAAGCACGAUGCGCAGCAUUCACCAACUGAACCUGAUCGCAAGUCGGUAGCGAAAAAGCCGUCCGCGCCAUCGACACGACAACCUCGGGCUAGUAGCUCAGCCAGCACGUUUUCAUUGGCAAAGAAGGCAUCUCGCACAUCGCUAACCAACGGCCACGAUAGACCGAGGUCCCGAGUUAGCACAGCCAGACCAGACGAAAGUUUCCUGGCUAGAAUGAUGAGACCCACUGCGAGCAGUGCACAAAAGGUCCACGAGAAGGUGCAAGUCAGCAGCCCACCUAGACACAAAACGGUAGCUCCAAACAAGGUCAGGCAGCCUGUAAAAGAGACGACACAGCCGAAAACACAUGUUGAAUCACCUACCACGGCCGAAGAGAACAAGGAGAAUUACGCCGACCUUGAUGCGAGUUCUCUACCCGAUGUAGCACACCCUUCACCACUGGAGGUUGUCAAGGAGGACCCAAUGAAUGGCCAUACUGAAACGGAGCCGCCUGCUCCUGAGCCAAUUACUCCUGAGCCAAUGGAGCCGGCACAGCAGAUCAGUGGUGAAGCUGGCGAGCUGGAUUAAAAGGGAACAGUCCAUUCCGGUCGAAUUCAUUUCCAAAUACCCCCGGUUUCAUUUGUGAUACUUCACCUAUCAGCGAUUUAGCGAUUUCUGGUAUUGACAGCAAUUUAUUUCUGCUGGCAUUCGAAUGUCAUUGAUAUUGUGUCUCAUCUUCC